GGUGAAUGCAUGUGUUGUGGUAUGAGCCGUAUGAGCCACACCAACCCUUUCGAGGCCGCUGGAUGCACACUUGCGCGCGGCGAAAUCAUGGUUGAAGUCCGGCACGUCAGCUACUCCCGCACACUGCUGCCUUGUGGCACUAGAACCGACGAGGCCACCGCCAGCGCAGCUCACCUGGACAGAUGCCAGCCGAAACCGACAAGAUUCGCCGCUCUUGCGAUUGGUACGCUGGCCGAUGAAUGGAUGGAUGGAUGGAUUUGGAUGACUCGUGUGUUGUCUGAUUGUGGCAGGUCGUGUGUGUGGGUGUGGCCAAGACGUCAAGGGCAUUAGCGAGGGAGAACACGUCAUUGGUAAGGUACAUGAAUGGAUGGCAGCAGGAGCCGAAAUCGUGACUGCUCACGCCGCCUCCCUGUCUGUGUGUCCGUGUAAGGCUAUCUGCCCUUCAGCCACACUGAUGCUGCUGCCGUCGCUGCCAAUUCGCGCAUCAAAAUCCCUUAUUGGAUGGCAGGUAAACUGGCUGUUGGCGUCUGGUUUGCUUCUCCUCAUUGUCGCGAUACUGUGUGUACAGUGCGGUGGUCGAGUAGAGCUGACGACGAUUCACAUGCCCGUGUGGUGGCUGCGGCGCUAAGCCCUCUGGUCGAAUCACUCUACUGUAAGGAAGCACAGUAAGGCAGAACGAUACUGCGUGACGGUUGUGUUGCAUACUCAGGUGUGUCGCAUUUCGUGCGCCCUCAGCCAGAGGACAUCAUACUCGUCGUGGCCACGCAAAUGGUGUGUGAGGGAGAGGGAAAGGCACUCAGGGCCGGGCCGCAUGGGCAUGUCAGUCCUGUCACAUGAGAUGGCGGUCGGCCUUGUGGUCAGAAUUGGCGGCUGCGGUGCCUGCUGCAAUGGCUGAUCCUGAGAGGCCCUCACCUGUCCAUCAUCCUCGCAAUCCCAGCGGUAAGCAGCACACGGCAGCGACAGAUCCCUGAGUGCACUUCCAUUCUGUGUAUCAGGAGGAGUUCCCCCGUCUGGGCAUCGCCCCCCCGCCCCCACCCCCAGCCACCCACCUCUCGCACCUGCCCAAUGGCACCUCGCCACCUGAUUACCAUGGCGACACUGCCGUCACAUUGGAUGCCCGCGCGGCUUUGCAGCUGAAGCCGCCGAAAGUGAAGCUGCCCUCGCCGUAUGCAUCUGCUGUGCAGGGGGCGCCAGAAGGGGCGGCCAACAAGGGAGGCAGCCCCACUCACAGCCGCAACAACAGCAGCAGCAGCACUGAUGCGUGCCAAGGUGGGUGGGCCGAUCGACAAGUUGCGAGUGCACUCAGGGACCCAUAUAUCUGGCUGACCGUUAGUCCCGUGUCGUGUGUUCUCUCUCCUCCAGCCAAGGUGUGCGUGCUGCAGGAGGGCUUCAGCGAGCAGGUGCUGGCACUGACUGGCGGCAUGGGGGCACACACCAUCCUCCAACUCGACUCCCCUCCGACCGACACCACCACCCAGCAGCCUCGUGAGCAUGGAGGUGGCACCGUCGAGGCGUAUGCGAGGACCUGCUCUGGCGGUGCUGCUGGAAUGGGCGCGGGGGAGUCGCGGUUUGUGAGAGAACUGCUGGCGUGUGCGGCCCCUCUGGGUGAGAGGAGAGAUCGGGCGCGUGUACGGUGGGUGGGUGGGUAAUUGUUCUAUGUGUGUGUGGUGUGUGUGUGUGCAGGUCGUGUCAUCAUGUCGACACCGCUCUCACAGGUGAGUGAGGAGCCAGGGCAAUCAGUGCAGCAAAGCGUCCGUCCAUAAUGAGUGCACUGCACUGCACUGAUCCACACUCGUGUGGCUGGCUGGCUGGUUGGUUUGCGGUUCAGAUGGACCCUGUAGAGUGUGAGGCUCUGUACCUGAAGUCCCUCAGCCUCUCCUUCUUUGUGCCCCACCUGCCGCUGCUCACCAACACACACAACAGCCUCAGCAUGCGUAAUUUAACAAGCAAACAACCGCUGUUGUCAAUGAUGUGAUGCAUGUCAUGUGUCACUGCAUCAGAUGUGCUCGCGCGUGUGUUGGAGGCGAUAGAGCAUGGCGAGGUGUGGAUGCCGUCGGCCGAUGAGGUGGCGGGGACGGCGGAGGGAUAGUGGCAGAGUGAAGGUGGGUGUGGGUGUGGCGUCAGUGAGUGAGUGACGCUUGUGGCUUUAAGACGGUUGGUCCUGCCCGCUGUGUUGAUGUGUAAAUACGCUAUGCGCUGGUCUGCGUCUGCCAGAAGCGGCUAGGGGACAUUUAAGGUGUCUGCACCCUUCUGUGCGCGCUUAGAUUGCAGCGCUUGCAGGCAUGGAUCGAACUCAUCGCUCCCUGCACGUCCGUCUCAC